AUGCCUCUUAAUGCCCAAGCUAUCUACCCUGCGGCGGACCCGGAGUUCGUCGCUUUCCCCAGUCGUAGAAGUGUAGUACACAGUACCAAGGGUAUUGUGUCAAGUUCACAGCCUCUGGCUUCAAACUGUGGCUUGAGAAUACUGCAACAAGGUGGAAACUGCGCAGAUGCAGCUGUCGCAGUUGCCGCUGGUCUGAACAUGACCGAGCCUGGUAGCACAGGUAUCGGUGGUGACAUGUUCUGUCUGUUCUACGAUGCAAAGACCAAGCAAGUACAUGCUUUGAAUGGCUCUGGCAGAGCUCCAGGAAACGCAACAUGCGAGAAAGUACGACAAUCCCUUGGUAUCAAGGACGGCGAGAAAGGCACAAUUCCUAUGCACAGUGCACACGGAGUCACUGUUCCUGGAGCUGCAGCAGGCUGGGUUGAUGUGGUUGAGAAGUUUGGCAGUGGAAAGUUGAGCAUGGAACAAAUCUUGACACCUGCCAUUGAGUUGGGAGAGGAGGGCUUCCCUGUUUCGGAAAUCAUGGGCUACUACUGGUCCAAGGCCGAAAAGUCAAUCCGGGAUGCCUCGCCCAACUUCGCCGAAAUGCUCAAGAAAGAUCCAAGUGCAAAGGACGGUUGCCGCGCUCCAAAGCCUGGCGAAAUCAUGCGCAAUCCUACCCUGGCACAGACUUUCCGCGAGGUUGCCAAACAUGGAAAAGCUGGUUACUACACUGGAAGAAUCGCAGAAGAGCUGGUAAAGGUCGUUCAGGAUUUGGGAGGCUUCAUGUCAUUGGAGGACUUGAAGAACCACAUGGAGAAGGGCAGCGAAGAAGUUGACCCUAUCAAACUCAAUUACCGUGGACAAGGCAUCGCAAAGUCACAUGGAGAGACAAUGCACGACAAGAGCUCAGAGGGUGUCGAUGUCUGGGAACACCCUCCCAAUGGUCAGGGCAUUGUCGCUCUGAUGGCAUUGGGUAUGCUCCAGGAGCUGGAGAAGAAUGGCAAGAUCCCCGCUUGGUCGGACAAGGACCACAACUCUGCUAGGCACAUUCACGCUGUUGUCGAGACUCUCCGCAUUGCCUUUGCCGAUGCCAACUGGUGGGUGGCAGACCCCAACGUGGUCAAGGUUCCUUCUCAGGAGCUCAUCUCGGAAAAGUACCUGGCCGAGCGUGCUAAGCUCUUCGACCCCAAGAAGGCUGGUGACAUUCCUGACCAUGGAUCUCCAGCACACAACCAUUCUGAUACUGUCUACUUUGCUGCGACUGACAGCGAAGGUAACGGUAUCUCAUUCAUCAACUCCAACUAUGCCGGUUUCGGCACUGCCAUUAUCCCCAAGGGAUGUGGUUUCACCCUUCAAAACCGUGCCUGCAACUUCAUGUUACAACCGGCAAACCACCCUAAUGUCUACGCACCUAACAAGCGUCCUUACCACACCAUUAUCCCUGCUCUCAUCACCAACAAGGCAGAUCAAAGCUUGCAUUCUGUCUACGGUGUUAUGGGUGGCUUUAUGCAACCUCAAGGACACGUUCAAGUGUUACUGAAUAUGCUCGUCUUCAAGAUGACCCCACAGGCAGCGCUCGAUGCGCCUCGUAUCUGUAUUGGAGCAGGCAUGCCCGACAGUGGUGAUGUGUUUGACAAGACUGUUUACCUGGAAGACGGUAUCUCAGAGGAAAUCGCUGAUGAGCUGCGCGCCAUGGGUCACAAUGUCGAAAUUAUCAAAGGACACGGCAGAGGUCUCUUUGGCAGAGGUCAGGUUAUCAGAUGGCAUGUCGACCAUGUAGAAGACCGUGGUGUCUGGAGUGCAGGCAGUGACCCAAGAGCUGAUGGUCACGCAAUCCCUUGGAUGUAA